UCGCUCAGGCAGGCUGUUCCCACACCCCUCCCCCUGCUUCCCUCUGUGUCUCCUUGGUGUGUGUGCGCGCGCGCGCGAGGAAGAGAGCGCGCGAGAGGGAGCGCGAGGGGGGCUGUUCCGCUGCCAGGCGCCUCUCCUCCCUCCGCGGCGCUCGGGACCCGCCAAGAUGGCCGCCGUGUCAGUUUGGGUCUUCGCCGCCGUCUGGGCUCCGCCUCAACUAGGAACCCGGUAUAUUCCUUCUAUUCACUUGUGGGUCUGAUUUGAACAUCAAGAUCUGGAGUGAGAUGUAUUGAAUUCUUUUCACUUAUGUUCUGUACCUAUUUACUGGCUGUUUUUGGGAUUUAUUGGAAAACAUGAACCAACCCUUGCCAGGAUACGUGUUUUUUUAAACGGAAAGUGUGAAACACUAAUGUUUGAAAAAGAAAGGGCAAUUUGGGGCAAAAAACGUGUAUGCUAUGGUUAACUGGUCCCCAUUCUCCGAUAAUUUGUUUUCCUACUGUGUGAAACUCCUUCAGCAUAGGGAUAAGGGAUAGCGACUCUAUGGAUAGACAGAAUUUUUCACCAUGGUAAAACUCGCUAACCCGCUGUACACGGAGUGGAUUUUGGAGGCAAUUAAAAAGGUCAAGAAGCAGAAACAACGCCCUUCAGAAGAGAGGAUAUGCAAUGCUGUGUCUUCGUCCCACGGUUUGGACCGCAAAACUGUUCUGGAGCAGUUGGAACUGAGUGUUAAAGAUGGGACCAUCUUAAAAGUUUCCAAUAAAGGACUUAAUUCCUAUAAGGAUCCUGAUAACCCUGGGCGACUAGCACUUCCUAAACCACGGAAUCAUGGAAAGUUGGAUGGCAAACCAAACGUGGACUGGAAUAAACUGAUUAAACGAGCAGUUGACGGCUUGGCAGAGUCCAGUGGCUCAUCACUGAAGAACAUUGAGCGCUUUUUGAAAGGGCAGAAAGAUGUGUCAGCUUUGUUUGCAAACAGUGCUCCUUCUGCCUUUCACCAGCAAUUGCGUUUGGCUGUCAAGCGUGCUGUUGGCCAUGGUCGACUCCUUAAAGAUGGACCUCUGUACCAGCUUAAUACGAAAACAGCUACAAAUGCUGAUGGAAAGGAGAGCUGUGAGUCUCUUUCUUGUCUUCCUCCUGUAUCUCUCCUUCCACAUGAAAAAGAUAAGCCAGUUGCUGAACCAAUCCCAAUCUGCAGUUUCUGCCUUGGUACAAAAGAACAAAACCGAGAAAAGAAGCCUGAGGAGCUCAUCUCUUGUGCUGACUGCGGCAAUAGUGGUCAUCCAUCCUGCUUGAAGUUUUCUCCAGAGUUAACAGUUCGGGUGAAGGCCUUACGAUGGCAGUGCAUUGAGUGCAAAACGUGCAGUUCCUGUCGAGACCAGGGCAAAAAUGCUGACAAUAUGCUAUUUUGUGACUCAUGCGACCGGGGCUUUCACAUGGAGUGUUGUGAUCCCCCUUUGACCAGGAUGCCAAAAGGCAUGUGGAUAUGUCAGAUAUGUCGGCCCCGUAGAAAAGGAAGAAAACUUCUAUAUAAGAAAGCAGCACAGAUUAAGCGGCGUUAUGCCAACCCAAUAGGACGACCCAAAAACCGAUUAAAGAACCAAAAUGCAACAUCAAAGGGUCCCUUCAGCAAAGUUCAGACGGGACCGGGCCGAGGUCGUAAGCGGAAAACUCCCUUGUCCAGCCAGUCGGUUUGCUCUUCGGAAGGGAGUUACCUGGAGCACGUUGACGGCCUGGAGUUCUGCCGUGAUGCCAGCACCACCUUGAAGUUCAACAAGAAAACCAAAGGGCUCAUUGAUGGCCUCACCAAGUUCUUCACCCCAUCCCCUGAUGGGCGUAAAGCUCGAGGAGAAGUGGUGGACUAUUCUCAGCAAUAUAGGAUCAGGAGAAAGGACAAUAGGAAAUCAAGCACUUCGGACUGGCCCACAGACAAUCAGGAUGGCUGGGAUGGAAAGCAAGAGAACGAGGAAUGGCUCUUUGGAGGCCCAGAUGUCAUGGCUGAAAAAGAAAUGGAGUUGUUCAGAGACAUCCAGGAGCAGGCGCUGCAGAAAGUAGGGGUGACCGGAGCCUCCGACCCACAAGUCCGCUGUCCAUCUGUCAUUGAAUUUGGGAAAUAUGAAAUCCACACCUGGUAUUCCUCGCCAUAUCCACAAGAGUAUUCCAGGCUACCUAAGCUGUACAUUUGUGAAUUCUGUCUCAAGUACAUGAAAAGCAGGACAAUUCUGCAGCAGCACAUGAAGAAAUGUGGUUGGUUCCAUCCCCCAGCGAAUGAAAUUUACAGGAAGAGCAAUGUUUCUGUCUUUGAGGUGGAUGGGAAUGUCAGCACCAUUUACUGCCAGAACUUGUGUCUAUUGGCAAAACUCUUCCUGGAUCACAAGACACUCUACUAUGAUGUGGAGCCGUUUCUUUUCUAUGUGCUGACACAGAACGAUGUGAAGGGCUGCCAUCUCGUUGGCUACUUCUCUAAGGAGAAGCACUGCCAGCAGAAAUACAACGUUUCCUGCAUAAUGAUUCUCCCCCAAUACCAGCGCAAGGGCUAUGGCAGAUUUCUCAUUGAUUUCAGUUAUCUCCUCUCCAAACGUGAAGGCCAAGCAGGAUCCCCAGAGAAGCCGUUAUCUGAUUUGGGCCGCCUCUCCUACAUGGCGUACUGGAAAAGUGUAAUCUUGGAGUGCCUUUAUCAUCAAAACGACAAGCAGAUCAGCAUCAAGAAGCUCAGCAAACUGACAGGCAUCUGCCCUCAAGACAUCACUUCCACUCUGCACCACCUGAGGAUGCUGGAUUUCCGCAGCGAUCAAUUUGUGAUUGUUCGGCGGGAGAAACUCAUCCAAGACCACAUGGUGAAGCUGAAACAGAAUCACCGGCCUGUCAUUGUGGAUCCUGAAUGUCUACGCUGGACUCCUGUCAUUGUUUCAAACUCUGUGGUUUCAGAGGAAGAAGAAGAGGAACCUGAUGAUGGGGAAAAUGAAGAUCAGCAGCAGCCAAAGGAGAGAGAAAUAGAGGUGAUCAAGUCUAUGUCUUGGGAAAGAAAAGAGAGAGAGUCUUGCUUCCCUCAGGAGAUUGAAAAAAAGCCAGAAUCCGCCCCUCCUGCCAACCCUACGCGGCUAAACAAGCAGAGUCUUCCUCUGGCUGGUCUUCCCACAAACAGCCAGGCACCACGGAGGGGCCGAUGGAGCCGGAAGAACAGCCGCAAGCAACGGGAGCCCUUUGCUAAGAAGGAGUCAAAGCUCCACUUAGAAGAGAAGUCGGCAAUGGCCAGAGGGGGACGCUGUGGGGAGUGCCAGGAAAAGGCUGCUGCUGCCGCUGCCGCCGCUGCUGCCGCUACUGCUGCCGCCUCUCGAGGAAGAUUCGGAGAGAGUGAAGAGAAAACCACUUCUGCCCAGGGACAGUGCGGCAAAUGUGAGGAGAAGGCCCCAUCUCACCGCGGGCACUUUGGCAAAGAUGAGGAGAAGUCUACUGUCUCCCAAGGGCAAUAUGGCAAAGGAGAAAAGGCCUCGGCCACUCAGAGGCGUUACAGCGAGACCAUGGAUGUCUGGAGAGGGCAGAUGAAGACCCUCGAGCCCCUGAAGAGCAGAAUCUCUGAGGAAUGUGGGAGGAUACCCCGGCGGCACAGCACUCCCAGCGAGAGGGCCAUGCCGAGGCAUUUCAGCGAGAGCAGCGAAGACGAAGAGGAGGAGGAGCCCGUUUCCCCCUGCUCCAAUUCCCCUCCGAUCCUCACCAAACCCACACUGAAACGAAAGAAGCCCAUCCCUCGAAAGCGGCGGGUCCGGAAGCGCAAGUACCACAACAGUAGCGUGGUGACAGAAACCAUCUCUGAGACGACCGAGGUUCUGGAUGAGCCCUUUGAGGACUCUGACUCAGAGAGGCCCAUGCCUCAGCUGGAGCCCACCUUUGAGAUGGAGGACGAGGAGGACGAAGAAGAAGAAGAAAGCGAGCUGUUCUCUAGGGGGUACCUUCGGCACCUCUCUCCCCAGGACUCCCACAGGCACCGACCCUCCUCCAAGAGAGCACCCCAGGCUGAGGAGGACUCAGAUGAGGCCACUGGUUCUCCCACCUUGAAACCAGUCGCCAUGCUAAGGAAAUGUGAAACAAAAGAUUCUUCGCUGCAGCCGGACACCUCCACGCCCAUGAAAAAGAAGAAGGGCUGGCCCAAGGGCAAAAGCCGGAAGCCCAUCCACUGGAAGAAAAGGCCCGGCCGCAAGCCAGGAUUCAAGCCGAAGAGGGGGAAGGUCCUAGCCCCUUCCCCAGAAGAGGAGACAGAUCCUGUGGAGGCCACUUCGAAACCUGGGCGCAAACCAAAAGUGCAGGAAAAGGAAGAGCCUGUUGAGCAGAAGGAAGAACUCCUGCCUGUUGCAGAGGAAGGGAAAGAAGAAGACAUGUCUACCGAAGCUGGGGAUCUGGGAGAAGGGGAGGAAGAGGAAGACACACCUGCCAGUGAAGCCAGACUGGCAUCUCCUUUAGGUAGCAGCAACAGCCCGGCCGCAGAAGUAAAGGAACCUGAAAUGGAAGAGGAGGAAGCAGAGAAGCCACAGGUCCUGGAAGAGCAAAGACAGUCUGAGGAAGAGAAUCAGGAGAUGGAGGAACCUGAGCGUGAACAAGAGGAGGAAGAGGAGGAGACAGCUGCAGCAGCCAAUGAGAAUGAGGACCAUGAUGCUGAUGAUGAAGAAGAUGAUGGCCACAUGGAAUCAACCAAGAAGAGUGAAUUGGAAGAGCAGGCAGCGAAAGAGGAGCUGAAGGAAGAACCAGAUGCCCAGGAGCCUUUUUUAGAAGCAAGCACACAGGAUGGUAGGGAGGAGGAUGUGAAGAGCAAGAGUGAGGGAGAAGCAGAUUCUGAGGAAGAGCAGGCAUCCCAUGAGACAUCUGUGGGGUCAGAACCUGUUCCUGGUUCCGAAGAUGACCAAGAGGAAGAGCAGCAGGCGAAGGAAGGGCUGGUUGAGCUCAAGGAAGAGGAGCCAAUCCCUCACAGUGAACUGGACCUUGAGACUGUCCAAGCAGUGCAGUCCUUGACACAAGAGGAAGAGAACCAUGACCAUGAGGUGGCCUACCAGGACUGUGAGGAGACCCUAGCGGCCUGCCAGAACCUGCAGAGCUACACUAACGCAGAAGAGGAUCCUCAGAUGUCGAUGGUAGAAGACUGCCAGGCCUCAGAGCACAACAGCCCCAUCUCCUCGGUCCAGUCUCACCCCAGCCAGUCUGUGCGAUCGGUCAGCAGCCCCAGUGUGCCCAGCACUCUGGAGAGCAGCUACACUCAGAUCAGUCCCGAGCAAGGCUCCCUUUCCGCACCUUCUAUGCAGAACAUGGAGACUAGCCCCAUGAUGGAUGUGCCUUCCGUAUCGGACCAUUCCCAGCAGGUGGUGGACAGUGGCUUCAGCGACCUGGGGAGCAUUGAGAGCACCACGGAGAACUAUGAGAACCCCAGCAGCUAUGACUCCACCAUGGGGGGCAGCAUUUGCGGCAACAACUCCUCACAGAGCAGCUGCUCCUACGGCGGGCUCUCCUCCUCCAGCAGCCUCACCCAGAACAGCUGCGUGGUCACCCAGCAGAUCGCCAGCAUGGGCAACAGCUGCAGCAUGAUGCCCCAAAGCAGCGUCCCGCCCCCCACUAACUGCAAUAUCAAAUCUCCCCAGAGCUGCGUGGUUGAAAGGCCGCCGAGCAACCAACAGCCGGCAGCACAGCCCUCGCAACCGCAGGCUCAAGCUCAGCAGCCACAGCCCCCACCUCCUGCACAGCAGCAGCAGCAGCAGCAACAACAACAACAACAACAACAACAACAACAACAACAGCAGCAGCAACAGCAGCAGCAGCAGCAGCAACAACAACAACAGCCACCGUUGUCUCAAUGUAGCAUGAACAACAGUUUCACCCCAGCACCGAUGAUCAUGGAAAUCCCCGAAUCCGGCAGCACCGGCAACAUCAGCAUCUACGAGAGGAUUCCGGGAGACUUUGGCGCCGGUGGCUACUCCCAACCCUCAGCCACCUUUAGCUUAGCCAAGUUGCAGCAGCUGACCAACACCAUAAUGGACCCCCAUGCCAUGCCUUACAGCCAUUCUCCUGCGGUGACUUCCUAUGCAACCAGCGUGUCUUUGUCCAACACCGGCCUGGCUCAGUUGGCUCCGUCUCACCCCUUGGCCGGGGCGCCCCAAGCACAAGCCACCAUGACGCCCCCGCCCAACCUGGCCUCCACCACCAUGAACCUCACCUCACCCCUCCUCCAGUGCAACAUGUCCACCACCAACAUCGGCAUUCCCCACACCCAGCGACUACAGGGGCAGAUGCCGGUUAAGGGCCACAUUUCCAUCCGCUCCAAAUCGGCCCCACUGCCCGCAGCCGCUGCCCACCAGCAGCAGCUCUAUGGCCGCAGCCCUCCCGCCGUGGCCAUGCAGGCAAGCCCACGGGCCUUGGCUGUCCAGCGGGGCAUGAACAUGGGGGUGAACCUGAUGCCGACCGCUCCGUACAACGUCAACUCCAUGAAUAUGAACACCCUGAAUGCUAUGAACAGCUACCGGAUGACCCAGCCCAUGAUGAACAGCAGUUACCAUAGCAACCCUGCCUACAUGAACCAGACAGCCCAAUAUCCUAUGCAGAUGCAAAUGGGAAUGAUGGGGAGCCAAGCCUAUCCCCAGCAGCCUAUGCAGCCAAACCCUCAUGGGAACAUGAUGUACACUGGCCCCUCGCAUCACAGCUACAUGAAUGCUGCUGGGGUGCCCAAGCAAUCGCUCAACGGACCCUACAUGAGAAGAUGAGCAAGCAAACCUUGCGCUUUCGAAACUCACACACCCAAGAGACACGCAGACACAAAACCCACAGGAAAAAAAAAAUAACAAACUGAAAUCCCUAUAAAUAAAGGAACCUUUUGUACUGACAAACCAGAGACGAUGGACCUUUUUCCAGUUAAAUAUUGCUGUAGAUUUUAGAUGGGGUUUUGUUCCCUUUGGUUUCUUUUGUUCUAUUAUUAUUAUAAUUAUUAUAAUUAUUAUUUUUAGGGGGCCUGGUCUUUAUUCUUUACACGUUUUGUGGGGUUCUCUUGUGUUGGGUCUUCGAUUUCCUCCACAAUACCUGGAACGCUUCACACAGUCCAAAACCAUUUUUAAAAUGGGCUACGGUCUUUUUUCCUUCCUCCCCAUCCCAUUUCGGUUUGGUUGCAGGGAGGGGAUGGAAAAUGUGCACAAGACCUUUCCAUAACUGAACAUGGAGCCUGACUUUGCUGGCUACCCGGGCAGAGCGAGUUCGUGUCAAAUGGCAUCCCCUCCCUCCCUCCGCUCCUCUCCCCUUGUGCACAGCUCUUAAGAUGGCCUGAUCUCUAAACGCUCCUGUCCUCCCUUUCCUUCUGUGUCUUAUUCCGGGUCUGUCGUGGGAUAAGCAAACUCUCUGACCCUCUUUGACCAUCUUUUCCCUGUUUGACUCCCCUCUAGCAAUCAGAACGGUUUAUUCCCCGCACCCAUACACACAUACACAACCCUUCGAACAUAUUUAAAUGUAGCUUUUAAAAAGUGUACCCAUUAUGCAUACCCUAGACAGAUAUGGUUAGCUGCGGCACCUUAAGGAAAAGCUAUGUGCAGAUGGUUUUGCGAGGGGCUGGAAGAAUUGGACCCCAUUCGAAACCUGACGGGCCGAAACUUCAGAUGUGGCUGCUUUUGCCAGCAGGGAUACCCUUGUUAGCCGGAGCGAAUAUUGGGCUUUUCACGGUUUUUCUCUCCCCGUUGACACAUUUGGGAGAGACAGUGUGGCCCUUGUCAGCUCUUCCCCAUCUCUUAAGAGGCAUUGCAGAACUCCAGGUGUUCCCUGGCCAUGUCUAUACGUGUCUUUGCGUGUCCGGAGGGGAUAGAGGAGGGAACGUCAGGGAGGCAGUGCAGUCAGCAGUCCGAAGAGCAUACCACUGCUAUCGUAACACACCGGGAGAGGGAAACGUUGCUUGUCCUUCUAAUGUAAAGUUCUCUCUGUAUAUUCCUGUAGAGCUACAGACGCACUUAGAGUGACUUAGAUAUGUAAAGACAUUUCUUCUUCUUCUUCUUCUUCUUCUUCUACAAAGAAACCUGAAAGGCAGUUGUGGAGGGAGGGAGGGAGGGGAGGAGGGUUCAACUGCACUAGGAAAUAAAACAAAACAAAGGACUUCCUCUGUACUGUUGAGUAUAUUGGGAAAAAAAGUUGAAAUAAAAUAAAAAGACAGAAUCCCAAGGGCUUCCAGCCCGUGUUUUCUCUUAGUUCUUGAGCAUGUGUACAAGGCUGAGUGUAGGACCCGCGUCCUUGUAUAUAUCUCUCUCUCUACGAACCUGUCUGCACCCAAAAGGUGUUGCGCUCCUUCUUCCUGGAGACCCAUUGCGUUGGCACCGCUUCCGGGGACGCAAGUGGGUCAGGAGCAGGUUUGUCGGGUGUCGAAAGCGAAGCUGUUGGCACAAGGGCCGUGAAACUGAUCUCUCUCUUUUUUUAAUUAUUUUGUCUGCUGUUUACCCUUUUUUUUGGUUUUUUGGGGGGUUUUUUGUAUGGUUUUUCUUUUUUAAAGUCAAAUCGGGCAGCUCCCUUUUUUUCCACAAACCUUUGUGACUGUAGAACUAUUGUAGAGAACCAAUGUUCUUUUCUAUAUUAUUAUUAAAAAAAAAGAAAGAAAAAGAAGUAUCCGACACAGUAAUAUUGGUACCUUGUCAUUUUUUUUCCACUUCUGUUUAAGAAAAAAUAAUAAUAAUAAUAAUAAUAAUGUAUUUUUAGCAAAAAUAAAACUUGGGUAAUCUUCUAAAAGAAAUUUAAAAAAAAUCUCACUGUUAGUGACUUUGAUGCCUUUUAAAGAAAAAAAAGAGCUUUUUCAUUUCAUUCCAUCUUUAAAAUUUUUUAUCUUUGUUGUAGAAUAUUAAAGACUAUUUUAAGAAAGAUGAAAAUUCUCUUUAAAGAGAUCUCUAGAGUGUGUGACUAGAGCUCCAGAUGCCUCUAAAGCCGCAUGUACAAAAUGAAGCCGCGUCUAUUCCUGUCUGUUUAUAUUUGCUUUUCCUGUUUUGUAACUUCUUUGUACUUUGUUCUUGGUGACUUGUAAGCUUCAAAGGGGAAGGGGUGCCUGGGUGAAAAAACCAACCAACGAAACCCUUUGUAAUUCUCCACGUCAUGCGCUCCUCGGCCGGCCGGCCUCCCUUCCUCUCCUUGUAUGUAAUAUCACUUUCUCCCUCCCCCCUUUCUAGCAAGUACUUUCAAAAGAACUCUGUACAUUUUAACAUAAAAAAAUAAAUUAUGUUGAGCCAUUUUGGA